AUGCAUCGUGGCUACGGAGCACGGGAUAUGUACUCGAGGCGCGAUGACUACGACAUUCGCGGACCUCCGGCUCCAUACGACCGUGAAAGGGGCUACGAAAGGUACGAUGUGAAAAGGGAACGGUCUGCGCCGUAUGAAAGAGCCCGGGGUUCGACUUAUCGCGAUGUUCCGGACGAUUAUCCUAGGUACCGUGAUGAGCCACCGCGAUACAAGGAUGAACCUCCUAAGUACAAGGAAGAACCGCCGAGGUACAAGGAUGAGCCUCCCAGGUACAGGUAUGAUGCACCCCGGUACCGUGAGGCCCAUCCAAGGUAUCGCGAUGAGCCCCCGAGGUAUCGUGACGAACCGCCAAGAUACCGCGAUGAGCCUGAGCGCUACAGAGAUGAUCCCGGCCGGUACAGGGAUGACCACGUCCGAUACAGGGACGAUCCGCCGCGAUACCGUGACGAUCCGCGGUACAGAGAGCCGCUUCAUCCGGCCAGGGGUGGCCCUCUUCGCAGAUACGAUGACAGACCGUACCCUGAGCCGCAGAAGACCAAGGUUUUCGUAGGGAACCUCGACGGCAGGGUUAGCGAGGAGGAACUGACGGCAGCUUUCGGAAAGUUUGGGCCCAUUAAUAGAAUUGAUUUCAGGAGGAACUUCGCUUUUGUCGACUACGUGAAGGUCAAGGAUGCGGAGGCGGCCAUGCGCGAAAUGAACGACCGUGUUUUGAUGGGAUCCAAGCUGAAGGUUGUGCCGCACUCUGAGCGCACUAAGCGCUCAGAUAUAAACCGUGAACCAGAUUUCGCAUCCCAGGCGACUGUUCUUAACCUAGACAACAGCGCAAGCUGGCAGGAUCUUAAGGACUUCGCUCGCCAGGCGGGCGAGGUGGUUUAUGCGUCGGUGAUCAUUAGGGACCAAAAGCGGUACGGACUCAUCGAGUUUUCGAAUCCAAGUGUUAUGAAGGCGGCUGUUGAAGUUCUGAAUGGUAAGAAGAUUGCACAGAAUGAUUUACAGGUUGUGCCUAUGGCUGUGAACGAUUACUUAAAGGAAAAGAUGAGGGAAGCCAGCGCAUGCCACACCGCCCCGCAGGAGCAACCAGUGGGCGAACAACAAGAGGAGCCGGAUACCAAGAAAGAGUUAAUUUACCAAGACGAACAAUUGGAUUCUGUCGACUAUGAUUGA